AUGGAGAUCAAGAAGUGGACGAGUCCCCCUCAAGGGUUGUAUAAGAUCAACUGUGAUGCAGCUAUUGAUGUUAAAAAUGGAAAGAUGGGAGUGGGUUUAAUUCUCAGAGAUCACGACAGAAGGGUCUUUGCCGCUGGGAGUUUCACGCAAAUGGGCUGGUUAGAUCCGACUACUGUAGAGGAGAGGGCCAUAGUUAGAGCAACCCAGUUUUGCAAAGAAAUGGAUGUGAGCAACGUCAUUAUAGAAGGAGAUGCACAUACAAUUAUACGGGCAGUACAGCCUGGGGGACAGAAUGGUAGUAGGUAUGGCCAGUUAGUAGAGGAUGCAAAAUUGAUUUUAAAUUCUUUGCCGAAUAGAAAACCCAACCAUGUAUGCUGA